UAUUGUUUUCUCCCCCUUUUUUUAAGAAGAAAGUCUCUUAUAAAACAAUAACAAAAACAAAGUUUUUCUUUGCCACAUCAAAUUAUGAUCAUUGCUUUAAUAUUUAUACUUUUGUUUCAAUACGUGUAUAAUGAUGAUCACCUUCAAUUUGGUUUUGGUACUGCAGCUACCGCGUCGUUUAAAAAUUAUCAUAUUCGAGUGAAACAACCGAUAUCGUGCGAAAAUAGUGUUCAAUAUUCUGGGUAUAUUGACAAUCUCGUUACAAAUGAACAUGUCUUUUUUAUUUUUUUGGAAUCGCGUUUUGCACCAAAGACAGACCCAGUUAUACUCUCUCUUAACGGUCAACUGGGUUGUUCCUCUAUAACAAAUGUAUGGUUUGAAACGGGUCUUUGCCUGGUCAAAAAAGCUGGCAUUGAAACGAAUCCGUUUAGCUUUAAUAAUAUCGCGAAUAUCCUUUAUGUUGAUCAGCCAACAGGCGUAGGUUAUAGCUAUUCAUCUGGAAAGAAACCAUCCACUUGUGCUCAAGUGACAGAAACCAUUUAUUGGUUUUUGCAAUCCUUUUUUACAGAAUUUAAACAAUUUGCUCGUAACGAUUUUCAUAUCGCGGGAACUUCUUAUGCUAGUCAUUUUGUACCUUCUUUGGCAACUCAUAUCAUUCGUGAAAAUAGAUACGCUUCUUCCUCAAAUAAACUCCCUAUCCAAUUGGCAUCUAUCAUCCUUGGCAACGGUUAUAUCAACCCUCGUGCACACAAAUUAUCAUAUGCUGAAUACUCCUGUGAUAAUAACAAAUACAAGCCUAUCUAUGAUAAAGUGACUUGUCAAAAAAUGAAGACUAACCGUAGACAAUGUAACUAUUUACUAAAUCAAUGUGAUUCUUGUACUCCCUCUCUUCUUUAUUGCAAAAGGACCCUGGUGGAUCCAUUUUAUUCAAAAACUCAUCUCAAUCCUUAUGAUAUUCGAAAAACCUGUCUACUUAACAAUCAUAUAGACUCUUGUUAUUCCGAGAUACAGGACAUUGUAGAAUAUGCUAAUAGCCAGGAAGUGAAAACCGAAUAUGGUAUUGAUUCUGAAGCAGGUGAAUUUCAGAAUUGUAACAGCCAUGUGAAAGCCCGUUUUGAUAUGACCAAGGAUAGUUUGGUAAAUACGAUGGAUCAGAUUGAAAAAGUAUUAGCUACAAAUAUUCGUGUGUUAGUUUAUGCAGGUGACAUGAAUUGGUAUAACAACUGGUACGGACAAACAGAUUGGCUUUCCAAACUCGAUUGGAUUGGUCAAGUGGGUUUCAAUGACGCAAAAGAUAAAGAUUGGUUUAGUUACGUCUCUGGUCAGAAGGCUGGUACUGUUAAGAGUUUUUUAAAUCUCUCCUUCGUCAAAGUUUUUAAUGCUGGUUACUAUUCAAUUUACGAUCAACCAGCUAAUAUGAUUGACUUGUAUUCAAGGUGGGUCAUGAAUGUGUCUCUUGGCUAUUAAUAACAUAUAGUUUGUGCACGUCUCCUUUUUUUUUUGUACGUGUGUAGUAGU